AGCCAUAUCUAGAUAUGAAGACGAAGGAAAAUACGAUGGCCGCUUUGAUGAGGUGGUUGAGUGCAAAAGCAGCGGAGCCCCUUUCUAGCCGAGGUCAUUGCCCUCCUCUCACAUCGCUUUCAACAUUGUUUGCUUUCUCAUUCAUUUGCCUACCUCCCACUUUCUGAUGCAGAGUCUUAAAAGAAUUACUAGGUGCAAAUUCAUUCAGCCACCAGUUCAAUCUUUGCCUUCAGCCCAAAAGCUCUCAGUCUACGAGCCUCAUCUCAAUUCGCAGUUCCGACUGAUGGCUACGUCAAGACCAACCAAAGAACAGCUCCAAACUUUACAAAAGUACACAGCUUGCGACGUUGCCGAUGCGCUUCUCAAGUUGAAAGUACCUAAUGCCGGCUUUUUAGCAGAUCUGAAGCUUGUUGCUCCUGUUGCUGGUUCCUCAAGGUCCGAAAUCACAAUCGCACCAGCUUCCACAGUUCUGUUUGCUCCAAAGGCAGGGCCCGCGCCAAACUAUCCUGCAACAAAUAUUCCAGCCGGAAAACAUUAUGUUGACCUCACCCAACCUGAGACUAUUGUGGUCAUGAAGCAACCUGAAGGACAGAAAUGUGCUGUUCUUGGGGGCAUCAUGGCGCUACGCAUGAAAGUAUUGAAUGCCACGGGUGUGGUAAUAAGUGGUCGGGCUAGAGACAUUGUAGAGUUAGAGUCCACUGGUCUUCCUAUAUGGGCCAAAGCGCUCUCAGUCGUUGGGGCAGGAGCAGAAUCCAAGCCUCAUGCCGUUCAAGUGCCCCUGGAUAUUGAAGGCACUGUCAUCAAACCAGGAGAUCUUGUCUUCAGUGACUCCACGAACGGCGUUGUUGUGAUCCCUCAUGAGCAUGUUGAGCAAGUCAUAUCACUCUUGCCUGACCUUGUUGUGGCGGAUGACAGAGUGAAACAAGAUGUGGCCAAAGGCAUGAAAGUGCAGGAAGCUUUCGUUAAGCAUAGAGGAUAGGCUAUCUCUACAGAUAAUACCUUUCAUUGCCAAACCAUUGCCACAAGGAUGAUGACAACUUGCCCUCAGAAACAAGGGCCCUCGUCUGUUAGACUUACUGUAGGUCUCAAAUAACGUUCAUUAAUUAUGCUCAAAUAAUUUUGUAUUAUUCAGCCAUCUACUCAGCUGCUCCAUGGUUAAGAAAAACCCUGUAAG